AUGUACGAGGACGGCUGGUACAGCUUCGUGCCGGAGCUUGGAAACGGUAACAAUGGCAGAGCCGAGACGUCUAGCGGCCGGCCUCGUGGGCACCAGCGCAAGGAAUCGCUCCUACAGCAGCCAAAUGAGCCCAACAAUAUCGCCGAGACGCUGGAGGAUGUUCUGGAAGAGUUAGAGAACACAAACGACCCUCCCGAACCCACAUUGCCUCGUCGAGCUGCCUCAUACUCCGACUUUUACGAUGUUGUCAAGGCGGAGCUUCUCAAAGACUCUCAGCGCAAGCCGCGGCGGAAAGUCGACAGGAGGAGCAGGAAUUGGGAGGCCUUGACGCUUUUCCAUGAGGGCUCUGAAGCUUCUCCAUACCCUCAGAAGGAGGCCGCGUCCUCAGAAUCGCUAGACAAUCGGCUCCUGGAGGAGAGCCAGCGCGAGUAUCUGCUAUACCGCGAUCAAUUGAAAAUGACCGAACGCCACCUGGAAGGAUUGAUCGACAAUGCCAACGAUACACUCAAGCUGCUCACAACGCUAUCGCAGUCUUUCCUUUCUGUUGAGGCCCAGACUUCGACUUUCCAAGCUCAAUGCGAAGAGCUCUUGGCGGAGCAGCGACGACUAGAGAAGCUUGCAGAUGAGGUUGGCACAGACCUUUACUACUACGCAUACCUGGAGAAGGCUACAAGACGGCUGAACGCUCCUGGCGCCAGUCAAUUGGUCGAAGACGACGACUUUGGCGAAAUGGUGGAAAACAUUGAUUCGUGCAUCAAGUUUAUGACCGCUCAUGAAAAUUACCGCGAACGCGAUUCGUAUUUGGCACGAUAUAGCGCCCUACUUACCAAGGCAUUACAUCUUCUUGACCAUGGCUUCAAUAGCUGCUUGGACAAAGUAUCCGGCGACAUUGCGCGCCAGAUUGCCGCCACGAAAUCAGAGUCUGCUCGCUAUGCACUCGCUUAUGGCAGAUUCGAGGAGAUGAUGGCCGAAUCGUACUCUCUCCUACCAAACAUUCGAAAAGCAGUCCGAUCGGCUUACCACGCAUACGGCCAGCCAGUAGAAGCCACAACUACAACUGCAACAUAUGUCAAUGCCAUUACCACCAUCUUCCGAACAUAUCUCACUACCCGUGAUAGGGACAUGAAGUUGAUGACGCAACAUGAUAUAGACGAAUUCCAGAAAGAAGUCAAGAGUCUAUCGAUAGAGACAGCUUCUAGAAACUUUAUCAAGCAGCUCUUCGAACGAAUAUAUAGCGAGGAUGGACUUUUUACCAAAAUCUUCAACAUAGAACUCGUGUGGAGCCCCUCUCCAGAGUCAGCUUUCCAGGCCGUCAAGCUAGUCAACACCUCGAUGGUUCACCCGGGCAAUAUUGUGCCGUUGGCUACCAACUUGCAAGCCGUACUCCAAACCGCUCAACUUCAAGAAACGUGUAAUGUGGUUGGCUGGCUGGCAAACGAAUAUGGCGUGGUGGAUGUUGAUGAGGACGAGUCUCCAUCUUUCAGGAAGUACAGGGAAUAUGCCGCCCGACUGCUUGCAGACCACUUGUGGCCAUUCACAGACAAUUUAUUUGAAGCAGAGAUUACCAAGUCCCUCAGCAAGGCCGCAGCUCAAGACAGUCACUUGAAAAUCAGUCCCGUAGUGGGUGGAGUGGCAUCUUCAAACGCAUAUCCCUUGGUUAAGCGAGCGAUUGAGCUUCUAGCCAUGUUUGACCAAGCAAUGCCCAAGGAGCGAUCUGCUAAAAACAGUCCCGUGGUGUUCAAGAUUGUGCGGGAGACCAUUCAGAUACUUCAGCGAGCUGAAGCAAGAAUCAAGUCGCUUAAAACGGACACUGACCCGGAUCUCUUCAUGGUUAAAAACUUACUCAUCAUUAAGAAUGAGUUGGUAUCACUCGAGAUUGGGGAUAUACGGAGCCAGCCCGCAAUGCAGCAUUUUGGCCAGAUUUGGGACACGCUGAGUCCCCAAAAUUGGGUGGGAUUUUUCGGGAGCAUCAUCAGCGGCAAUCUUUGGUCUCGAGGGGCGCCAUCAGUCACCGCAAAGACGCUUACUGUCGAGGAUAUGAGUGAGCAGUUGGAUGAGCUUCUACGCCAGUCCAUUUACGCAUUUACGAAGCGCUGGGGGUCUCUUUUCAACGACUCUCAAAGCAGAAAAGCCGGAGUGAAACCCAUCGCAAAGGUAGAAGCCGAGCUUGAAACCAUGCUUGACACGGCUUUCAGCAAUCAGCCUGAAGUGAUUGCGAGGCUGAAAGAAGCCAUCCAGCUCAACGCGCAGGCACAAAACGAGGCAAAGAGCCCCGACAACGGAACUCGGAGAUAUUAG